AUCGCUGCUGUCCCGGUAACAGAUGGUAUCUAGUCCCGGUUCCACAUAACCGCACUGGGACUAGUUCCAGCGAGUGGUCACGUGGCUUCAUCGGCCACUUCAGACUGCAUGGACCGAUGAGAACUGAUCCAGGAUUUAGGCAUCCACGGAACGUAUGAGCAGGAGCCGUCUGUCUGCCCGUCUGCGUGUCUGUCUGUCUGUCCCUAUGAAGCAGUGAUAUGCGGCUGUUUUGCAUCCAGCCCGCUUCCAAUCACAUGAUCAUAUUGAUGCGAAGCUUUGGGCGACGUGAUCAUAGAAAGGCAUCGGGAGGACGAAGCGCCCGGAAUCAAUGAGCUGCGCGUCGAAGGUCCCUGAAGAAGCAAAGUGGACGAGGGUCAACGUCUGGAAAACCUCAGCACAUCGUCACAGUGCCUUCACAUCCGGGCGGCUGAGCUCUGACGGGGACCAACAUGGCCGACGUCGUGAACACGCUGCCCUUCUUCUACGGCAACAUCACCCGGGAGGAGGCGGAGGAGCACCUGCGGCACGCGGGCACGGCCAGCGGCCUCUACCUGCUGCGGCAGAGCCGCAACUACCUGGGAGGCUUCGCGCUGUCCGUGUCGCACUCCAAACGCUGCUACCACUACACCAUCGAGAGGCAGGCCGACCAGACGUACGCCAUCGCCGGCGGCAAGAGUCACCCGAGCCCCGUGGACGUGAUCGACUACCACUCCCAGGAGACGGACGGGCUGGUGUGUCUGCUGAAGAAGCCCUGCAACCGGCCCAAGAACAUGCAGCCCAAGAUCGGCCCGUUCGAGGACCUGAAGGAGAAGAUGAUUCGGGAGUAUGUGAAGCAGACGUGGAACCUGCAGGGUGCAGCUCUAGAACAGGCCAUUAUCAGUCAGAGGCCUCAGCUGGAGAAGCGGAUCGCCACCACUGCCCAUGAGCAGAUGCCCUGGUUCCACGGCAGCAUCACACGUGAAAACUCUGAGCCCAGGCUACAGAACGGAUCCAGAGUCAACGGCAAAUUCCUGAUCCGACAGAGAGACCAGAACGGAUCCUACGCCCUGUGUUUGCUCCAUGAAGGACAGGUCAUGCAUUACCGCAUCGACAGGGACAGGACCGGGAAGCUCUCCAUCCCCGACGGAAAGAAGUUCGACACCCUGUGGCAGCUCGUGGAGCACUACUCCUACAAACCCGAUGGGCUGCUGCGCGUGCUGACGGAACCGUGUCCCCGACCCGACGGAGAAAUGGGUCGGCCUCUGCUGCCACGGAACCAUCCUGGCCUCGGCCCGACCCUGCAAAGUGCUGCAGGUGGAAUUUUCUCCAUGAUCAAAAACGUCCCCAUUCCUGGGAUAACAAAAAAGCCUACCCCAGGGCCUCGACCCAGCUUCACCAAAGACCUGAACCCGUAUGAGAGUAAAGAGGCCAUGCCCAUGGACACAGAGGUGUAUGAGAGUCCAUACGCCGACCCUGACGAGCUCAGGAGCUCCAAGGUGGAUCGCUCCCACCUCUACCUGGAGGACGGGGUACUGGGCUCUGGGAACUUUGGUACAGUCAUGAAGGGAAUCUACAAGAUGAGGAAGACCGAGAAGACGGUCGCGGUCAAGAUCCUGAAGAACGACGACGACAACCCGGCCGUGCGUGACGAAAUGCUGCGGGAAGCCAACGUCAUGCAGCAGCUGGACAACCCCUACAUCGUCCGGAUGAUCGGCAUCUGCGAGGCGGAGAACCUGAUGCUGGUGAUGGAGCUGGCCGAGCUCGGGCCGCUCAACAAGUUCCUGCAGAAGAACAAGCAAACGAGCAUGAAGAACAUCACGGAGCUGGUCCACCAGGUCUCCAUGGGCAUGAAGUACCUGGAGGAGCACAACUUCGUCCACAGGGACCUGGCUGCCAGGAACGUCCUGCUGGUGACGCAGCACUACGCCAAGAUCAGCGACUUCGGCCUGUCCAAGGCCGUGGCCGAGGACCAGAACUACUACACGGCCAAGUGUCAUGGGAAGUGGCCGGUGAAGUGGUACGCUCCAGAGUGCAUCAACUACUUCAAGUUCUCAUCCAAAAGUGACGUGUGGAGCUUUGGGGUCCUCAUGUGGGAGGCCUACUCCUUCGGCCAGAAGCCCUACAAGGGAUUGAAGGGAAAUGAUGUCAUGCAAAUGAUUGAGAGCGGGAAACGUAUGGACGCUCCCCUCAACUGCCCAGAGGAGAUGUAUGAGCUCAUGAGGACCUGCUGGACCUACAAGACGGAGGAGAGACCUGGAUUCUCGGUCGUGGAGCCGCGGUUACGAGAGUAUUAUUAUGACAUUGCACAGUAAUUGUGUUUAACGCAAUAAUCAUGUACAAAUGAAAUGAAAGAGUCAGAAAUAAAUAUGCAGUAGAUGAUAGAACUUUGUAAUGGAUGUAUACAUGAAUUGUAAUAAAGCAGCUGAACCGGUUUUA